UGUCAACCCCGGCCCGAAAAACCCCGUAAGGAGGCCGAAAGCGGCGUGGCAAUGGACUGGAGGAGGAGGAGACACCAAAACGCCCUCCCUUCAACAAUUUUCUUGUGGCAAGUGUGAAGAAGGAGAAACUGGAAACUGAAACGUAUAGUUUCACAAAAGCCCAGCUCCAACAGCUGCUCGAAAAAGCGAACGCGAAAUCGGCCAGCCACCAAGAAAAUCUAGAUCUAGAAGAAGAGAAAGAUGAAGACGAUGAAUACGAGGAAGCCGGUGAAACAAGCAACACCUACCAAUCGGGAAUUUCGGAUGACGACGAUGAAGACCGGGAUUCUUCAAUUUCAGACGAUGAGCUGUUCCAGAUUUUUGAAAUCUGAAUCUCGCAGAACUCGGAUCGAUAUGAGCAAUAUCACCGCGGAAUUCGUCAUCAACAAUUUGAUCGGGGAACCUGCCCUGAGUAUUCUUGGAUUAAGUGGAGAACAACAUAAUGUGCAGGAGAUCUUCAUAGCUGGACUAAAACCAAUGUGAUGUCAACGUGCAAGAUUGAUCCAGAACGCGGCAAACAUUUGGGUGGCCGCUACAAUUCCUCCAGAGCUCCUCCACACCUUCAGUAUCUACCCCAAUUCGGUGAAUCAUCAGAUUCUUCCAGGAAGACUUCUCAAUUGGCCUAUCAGCGUUCAUUCUACAUAUUGUAUCCGGAUUCGAAGGACAGUUCCCGAGUGCGGAUUUUGGAGAUAUUUUCUCCCGACAGGUGGAUCAAAAAUUCUUGAACGCACGAAGAAAGAUGAGCCAAAAAAAGAAACACCAUCACACUGAUCGCUCGAAGGGAAACAACUGUCUUAUUCGGCUUAAUUCUGCUAUUAAUUUUUUGUUGUUGUGUUUUUUGAGAUUUUUUUGUUAGAAUUUCGUUUUCCUUUAUCGAUUUGUUUUAGGUUUCAUUUGUUAUUUACUUAUUUGUUGGAUUUUAAUUUAUUGCUUCUCCUUUCUAUUUUGUAU